AGAAGAGGACGUAGCAGGAAGAACAGCUAGGGCGAUCAGAAGAGAGGCAAAGGAGUGAUAAGCGCCAGUCAAGCUUUCAUGAAUUCUGAUACAAGGAGUUGAUAGUUGUCCCAUUGAGCUCCAACUUUGAACUUGUUUCUUCUUCUCGUGCGAUUCGGCGAAAGGCGUCUACUGAUCAUUGGUGAAAGCCGUCCGUCUGAUUCGCAUUGCUUAGUUGAAAGCGUAUGCCAAUGGACGCACAGAUAGUUGCCAAACAGUCAGACUACAACAAAAUAGACGCCGAAAACUCUUCGGCGAACUCAAAAUCAUGGUGGAUCAAGUCUGCCAUGACGUCAUUGAUUUCAAUGUUGCAAAGCGGUGUCAAAAAAGAUUACAACAUAGAUGACGACGAGAUUGGCAAAGGAAAGUUUGGGAUUGUCAAAAGGGCAAUUAACAAAAGGACAGGACAGGUUGUUGCAAUGAAGAUCAUGAGCAAGAGAGAUCGAGACACCAAGGAGCUUCGAAACUUCAGGCGAGAAGCUGAGAUUAUGAAGACGAUCGACCAUCCCAACUGUGUGCGGAUGUAUGACUUCUACGAGUCCAAGAAUCAUAUUUACAUCGCGAUGGAACUGGUGAGUGGUGGCCAGUUGCUCGAUCGCAUCAUUCAGAAGGACCAUUACUCUGAGACGGAGGCCGCAAAUGUCUUUGUGCAGAUGAUCGAGGCCAUAGAUUACCUGCAUCAGAAGGGGGUUGUGCAUCGAGAUCUGAAGCCGGAGAACAUCCUUUACUCCUCCAAGGAAGACAACUCGUCGAUCAAGAUCUGCGACUUCGGUCUGGGAAGGAUCGUGAAUCUCUCCGACAUCCAGGCAGAGAGGAUCAGGUUGUGGUCACGAUGCGGCUCCCCAAACUACGUCGCUCCUGAGGUCCUCCAGCACGAUGGGUAUGGCAUGGAGUGCGACGUGUGGAGCGCUGGAGUCAUCCUCUUCAUCUGCCUGUCAGGGAUGCCUCCGUUCGAUCAGCUGGCUGUUCACGACAAGUUCAAGAGCAUCAAGGCUGGACGUUACUCCUUUGACGCGCCGCAAUGGGCAAGCAUCUCCUCGGAGGCCAAGGACCUUAUCACGCACAUGCUGGAUAUUGAUACCCACAAGCGAUUCACUUGCAAGCAGUGCCUUCAGCACCCGUGGGUCAGGAAGUUCCAUGCAGGAACUCUGUCCAACGAUGCCAUGCCCCAGACGCAGGAUUUUUUCCAUUUUCAGUAA